AUUUAAUAUCAGAUUUUUUUUAUACAAAUAACACAUUUUCUAUGGUAAGUACUCCUCGAUGAAAAUCACAUAUUUAUACAGUAUACAGUAUACAGUACAGUGAUUUCUGAAACAUGUAACAAUAUGAAUCCUGAACUUAAGACUUUGAAUCUGUAACACAUCAUAUAUCGUUAGAGAAAUCACCUAUGGGCGCCCAUAUAAAUGCACACAUACAAUUGCCAUUUUAAUAUUAAAGACAAUGUGAUACAUUAAUCCUGCAAUGAAUACCUUCAUAAACAUUGUAAUUAUCAUCACUUACCACUGUCUCAGUUUGUAAAGGCAGUUAUCUAUGUUUUACAUGUUGCUUAGACUCAUUUAGAUAUUGUUGUUGAAUUUGAUUGUGUUAAACAUUGAUUUAGAAUUAACUUUGUAUGUUUUGUAAUAAAUUUAGAUUCAAAUUUCAAGUUGUGUUUUUGUCCACAACAUGUGCAUGAAAACAUUCCCACUGUGCUACACCUAUGCCAUACUUCUAGCACGACUACAACUAUCAUACUACUUUUUACUUCUUCUGACACGAUACAUUAUGACUACAAAAUAAAUACACAAAAAAUGUAUGAACAGCAAAUAUACAAGUGGAAUCUGUAAGUGGAAAAUGUAGCUGUAGUGAUUGUACACUGUUAUUGACAUAUGAAACUGUAUAGGACAACUGGACAACUGGACAACCUCCAAAACAAUCACACAGAUGAAUGGUCACCACUCUUACACUGUUUCAACAUAAUUUUGAAAACUGUGAAAAUUAGAAGUUUGCAAUUUUUCAAUAAAAAUAACCACUGUUACUAAUUUUUCUACUGUUAUAGUAAGAGCAGCAGACACAAAAUAACACCCAUAAGUAAACGGUGGACUUAUUUUUUCCUAAUACGUUUAAAUUUUAUUCAUAAUUAUUUUGGUAAAAUGGAUCGUUUCCAACGUAUAAAACAAAGGGAAAAUUUUGGAGUUGUGGUUUUUUAUCAUAAAUGAAAGCUGGGCGUCUAUUGUUCAAUUGAGCUGUGGUAUUUUUGUACAAAAAUAAUAAGACGUGAUUCAGAUACAAAUUAAAUGUGUAUAAAAAUAAUAGUUCUAGUAAUUAGAUACCAGGUACAGAUGAUGUUUAUUUAUAGUAUCCAGCAUCAGUGUGUGAUGGUUAAUGGUGGUAAUGAAGAGGACCUCGGUUUCAUUCAUAAACCAAUGAAAAGGGGGCUACAAAUAGCAACAGAUGACGUCGACGUCUCGUAGGUGAUUGGCGAGGAUGACGCGCGCGCUGUCCCAACGUCAAACGUCGCUCUCCCUCCCGGUCGAGCCAUGCGCACUGACGGUUGUUGUUGUUGAGCUGGUUGUUAUGGCUGGAGGAGGCCUCGCCAUAAACUGAGACAGGACUCCGUCCCCGUCCCCCCUCCCUCCCUCCCUCCCUACCGCAGCACCCCGUCUCCGCUCCGGGACACCCGCCACCGAUGGAGGGCACGGACAUGGACGUGGACGCGGAGCUCAUGCAGAAGUUCAGCUGCAUGGGCACCACGGACAAGGACGUCCUCAUUUCGGAGUUCCAGAGGCUGCUGGGCUUUCAACUCAACCCGGCCGGCUGCGCCUUCUUCCUGGACAUGACCAACUGGAACCUGCAGGCUGCUAUUGGUGCAUAUUAUGACUUCGAAAGUCCCAACGUCAACACGCCAUCCAUGUCCUUUGUUGAAGAUGUAACAAUUGGGGAAGGAGAGUCUGUUCCUCCAGAUACACCGUUCACAAAGACCUGGAGGAUACAAAACACAGGUGCAGAGUCGUGGCCGCCUGGGGUUUGUCUCAAGUACAUUGGCGGAGAUCAGUUUGGCCACGUAAAUACAGUUAUGGUGAAGUCUCUAGAUCCCCAGGAAAUAUCAGAUGUGAGCGUGCAGAUGCGAAGUCCCACAAAUCCCGGCAUGUACCAGGGUCAGUGGAGGAUGUGUACAGCCACCGGGUUAUUCUACGGAGACGUGAUCUGGGUGAUUCUCAGCGUAGAAGUUGGAGGACUCCUCGGCGUCACCCAGCAGCUGUCGUCCUUCGAGACAGAAUUCAACACUCAGCCCCAGCGCAACGUGCAGGGAGACUUCAACCCAUUUGCCUCACCACAGAAGAACAAGCACGAUCCCACUGACAACAGUUUCAGAGAUCCUGGCGGAGCAUGGGAACGCACACAAGAGCCAAUCCAGCAAGAUCAGAAUGGACUGUCUCAUAAUGCUGUAAAUAGGACGUCAAAUGGUCUCCAAACCAAUCUUUCCGUGGUGACUUAUGGCCAGGGUAUUCAUGGACCCUAUCCAUUUGGACAGAGCUAGAAUGACAAAGACCCCCUCAGUGGUGGAUGAUGAGCUUAACAUCCUGGGAUUCCUUAAACCCAGAGGAGUCGGAGGGGGAGGAACAGUUGUUUUAUAUUGACUCGUGACAACCCCUCUCCCUCGAAAAAAAACAAAACAAAAACAAAAGACAAAAAAACCCUUUCCACGGAAACACAAACGACAGAGAGGUGUUGGAUUACAUCCGCCUCGGUGAAAACAACCCACCUGACAUCAACACCCGGAUUCGCAUGUGUGAAUGCUUUGUCUCAGAGUGCUAUAAACCCUCAUAAAGUAGAUACACACGACUCUCCUUUUGUUUCCACUGUAGCACACGCCUGAUUAAAGGGAAGGCCAUCCUCAACAGUUUGGUGUUCCACGGGCAAAUUGAUUAGUGGUUCCUCUCUUUUGGGUUCCUACCCAGGUCUGGAUAUAUUUUGAAAAUCGGAGAAUAGUGCAAAAAAACGAACAGCUGAUCAUUUCCGAGGCCUUAAAUGUUGUCUUAUAGCGGACAGAGCGAGUCUUCGCCGCGCCAAACCACUUUUACUCCGCGGUGUGCGGACGGGUUCCAAACUCUCUUUAAAUGAAAGCCUUACUGUCUCACACCCAAACCUGGUGAAAUAAUAGAUUUAUAAUCGAAUUGGACAACAAAUAUGAGCUGCGUUGCCAGAAUAUUCUUCACAGAUAGAUUUCAGGUCAGUGGCUACUUUAAAUGUGCUCGCUUGUGAUUGCAAUUGGGAUAUCCACUUAAAUGUGACGUGACCAUGACGUUAAAAUCUGGAAUUACUUCAAACUUGCAGAUUGUUUCCUUAUUCCGAGUCUCAAUCCCUGUCCUGCUGUAACGGGGAAUAAUCGAUGUCUUAUUAGUUACCACUAAUACCUUACAUUCAUAACUCUAUAAAUCUUUGAAACAAGGGUUCAAACUUUGAGACUCAAACUGCGCAGUUUUGGACACAUUGAGCUCAGUGUCUCUCGUUACACUUUCACUAUUAUCGGGGCUGUUUGCCCCUUUCGAGAUGAAGAUCUGUCAGUAACCUAAAAUCUACACUAAGGACCAUAUGUGUGUCUAGGGUAGGCCUACUGAUAAUACCCCGGGCUUCUCAGACACAUUUAACACCCAAGACAUUCAAAGGUGCUUAGAAAAAAUAUUGGCAAUUCUUGUGUAGGAACCCUGUUUUUUUUUUUUUUAAUCCCCAAAGAUACAAUCCAGAGCCAAGACACUAAUCCAUGCCGUCAUCCAGAUAUACAGUCUGCAGGUGCCCGAUUCAGACUGCAUUGGACUAGGUGUGUGGUUUUUUUUUUUUUUUUUCUGUUUUUUUUUUUUUUUUAGGGUGUGCUUUACGUAGAUGCUGAAGUGCAAAAGGAUCUGAGUGAGUUUGAGCAAGUGAGUGAGGAGGGGUUUAAAAAAGCCAUCUAAAUCUAUUUUGCCUGGUGAGCGAUUGUAGUUUCUGAGUCCAUGUCUACAGUAUGUGUACUAAAUAUAUAUGUGUGUGUGCGUGCGUGCCUGUUAUGUGUGCAUGUAACGGUUUCUCUUUGGAUUUAACUGACGUGAAAUGGUGUAUACUACUUGGGCAAAGGAUGACGUGACGGGUACAGUGCACAUCAAUAUUGACGGAGCUUUAAUGGGCUUGUACCUCAGAAGUAUUUUUGAGUGUUUCUGCACUGUUCUGAUUUAAUAAUUACCCUGAUGUUAUUUAUUUGCUGUCUUUUUUGUGCACUGCAGAUUACAAAAAAAAUAAAUAUAUAUAUAUAUAUAAAAAAAAUGUCCCGCAUACAGCCAGCAGGUGGUGCUAAACAUCAGAUGACCAACUUUACACGAGAGUACAUGAAAAUGCAAAAAGAGAAAUUUGAGCUAUACUUUAAGCCUGACACAUCGAACAUGAAAUGAAAACGUUUUGCAUCAGUGUUAAUAUCACUGGUGCCGUGUUACUGCUAUUUGCACUAAGCUGUCCACCACCUCUGUUGAGGAAGAGUUUUUUUUUGUUUGUUUUGUGUUUGGCUCAUUGUUAAUUGUGACACCAGCGUUUUCCUGAAGUUGAAUUUGUUGUUUUUGUUCGACCGCGCCUUCAAGUUUCAUUCUCGUGAAACUCAUUCUUCUCUUCAUGUCUGUUAAACACCAGUUUCGUCGCUGCACCAUUGUCUCAUAUUAUUUUGAUAACGUGAAAAAGUUUUGUCUGUUGUUACACCUGAACUUUUACUUUACUUUGCUACGUUCAUUAUGUCCAUUAUUGACUUUCAUGUAUGAAUGGCUUAAAAAUAAAAUGAAAAAAACGUUGUUGGUAGAACUCCUUGAUAGUGUUACCAUUUUUUCUACGGUGUAAGGCGAACGCAAUUAACAGUUCUGAUCAUCUGACUGUUAUGUUACUUAUCAUAUUUAAAGUGUGUUGCCUUUAUUCUAAAAGUUGUUCAUAAAAUUCACCAGCAAACUGUGUUGCAGCUCUUCUCUAUUUGUAUUCAGUCACCUGAGAGUCCUCCUCCCAAACAGUAUACACUGUUCUGCAUUGCUUCUUACAGUCACGUCAGGAUUUUAUUUCACUUUUGUCUUUUUUUUUUUUUUUUUUUUUUUUUUUACUUAUUCUUUGUGCGUAUGCUUCAUUCUUGUGGGCUUGUAUGCGUGAGAGAGACAGAUGGUGCGUAAGUCUGAAUAUUGCUGGAUUCAUCCUCUAGUUUUAGCGUGUGACUAUGUGUAUGGACUUCAGAUGGGUGGCGUGGUGAGUGGAUGAGAUGAAAGUUUACAAAGUCCUAAGACAGCACAUUUAUCUGAAGAGAAAUUGUCAAAAUAAAGCUUUUUUUUCCUCCUGUAUCUAUAAUUAAACAUUUGUAUGAUUAAAUUAACACUGAAACAAUG